AUGAACAACAACUCCAAGCAAGACGAAGCCUCCUCUUCGUCUUCUUCUUCAUCAUCAUUGGCUCCGAACACACUUUUCAAUAUACGAGAAUUGGCUGAAAUGGCUGUUUAUGCUUCACUUGUUGGAGGAUUAUUUGGAGGAAUAAGAGGGUUCUUACAAAUUAGAAAAGCUCACAUUCCGACUUCUACAUUGGAAAAGAUGAGAACGAAUAUGUUUUAUCGAAUACAGCUACAACAACAACAGCAAGAAUUUACUCAAGUAGAAAAGGAAAAUGAAUUCAAUCCCAAUAAGAGUCAACAGUCGGAAAAGCAAUACGACCCAAAGACUGCUCGUGUGGAUAGAAAACAUGUUAUUUUAGGAUAUGUAUUUCAUCAACUAAUACGAAAUGCAACAAAUGCUGGAAUUUUUGCUUUUACAUUUUCUUUAGCUGAUUUGAGUUUGAGAAAUUUCAAUAUAUUUAAUCCUAUUAGAUAUGUGAACGACGACGAUGAUGACGAAAAAUCGAAAACCUCUCUACAUUCGUCGUCAAACAAAAUUUUGCAAAAAAUCCACGAUUAUUCAGAGAAAAUUUACAAAAUGACCUUAACAGAUGAACAAAUAGAGAUCAUUGAAAAAUCUGAGGCUAUCAAGCAGAGAUUAAAUCAACUGAAUUUACUGCACAAGCCAUUGGCAGGAGCUUUCGCUGGAGGUGUUUUCGGAUUGUUGGCCUCGGUGCCUAAUUUAUUUUUGGGAAUUGGAACCAUGUCAUCUGCGAUCUCAAUAUCUACGUCGUCAUUUGCUUAUGGAUUACUUUUUGGAGCAUUAUCAGCAGUAUUCAUUUUACCCCUUCAGAGUUUUUACAUUGUUGAACGAUUGAAUAGAUACAAUGCAGUGGAUAAAAAACAAGUAGAGGCCUCAAAAGAGCUACUAACAUCUAAGGAGAAAGUGCGCAAAGUAAUCAAUGUUUCAUCGGAUUCAGAACAGACAAAGAUGAUACAUCAAUUUGUUCAAAACGAACAAAAUUUCUUGAACGAAUUGGAGAAAAUUUCAGAAAAGAUUGGAAAGAUGAAAUCAUUAGAAGAAGCUGACUCACCUAAUAAAGACCAGCAAUAA